AUGUUACCUGAUUCUGGCGACUACUGUGCGCUUACUGUGAGUUGCAGUCGGUUUGUUGGCAGUGUUGGUGUGUUUUUUGUAGAGAUGGCUCAGCAAAAUGACCGGAAUAGCUCUAUUCCAAUAGAUGCUAUCAGUAAUUUAAGAAUCACUUCUAUCUGGACAUUCCUGUUAUCUAUUGAAUGGUCUGAGUCGUGGCUCAUUGGACUGCUGGCUUUCCAUGGUUUCUGUCUCUUGGUAACAUUGAUAACAUUCAGGUUUUACAGACUACAAGUAUUUCAUUUUCUCACGAUGGUGGGGAUGGUGUACUGUGCAGAGUACAUAAAUGAAGUGGCAGCAAUUUAUUGGAGGUCAUUUUCUAAACAUCAGUACUUUGAUUCAAGAGGAAUGUUUAUCUCAUUAGUUUUUUCAGCACCCCUUUUGCUAAAUGCCAUAAUGAUUGUGGUUGUGUGGGUGUACAGAACAUUUACCACAAUGACGGAGCUGAAGACUUUGCAAAUCAAAAGGAAAGCAAAUAAAGAAAAAAGGAAAGCAGAGUAAUCCAACACUUCAGAGUACAGCCACAGUAUACACAUUCAUUCCAGGUUUAGAUUUGCAAUUGAAAUAAUCUUUUCAGAUGCAUUCCUAUUAUCAACACCAGCAACAAGUUCCCCCAGUCUGCCCAGUAGUUUAUGUCAGUGAGUACUGAUGUGCUUUUAUUGGCAUGUGUUGUAAUUGAAUUCCUUGUAGAUAAAAUAAUUUCAGUUAGUAUGUCCCAAUAUUUUAAAUACAAGUGGCAGCCAUGUAUCCUUUUGUUAUUGUCAUAAACAACUUCCAUUACAGAUAGGACUUCUCUGCAAAUCCAGAUAGUUCAUCCAAAGCCUUCCACUUUUGGUUGCUUUUAUUAAACUGUUCUGUCAUUUUCAAAGACUCAAUAGUAGCCCCUCAAAUUUUAAGUUGAGAAAGUUGCUGUUGCAGAUAUUUCAAGGUAACAAGCCAAAAAAAUGUUUUCACACGUUUUCACAAAAAAAUAGAAUUUCAGUAAAUGAGUGGUGAGUGUCUGUUCCGUUUUGACCAUGCUGUCUUAAUUAAAAUAAUCCAAACUG